GUCAGUACAGCAGUGAUCAGAAACAAGACUGCAUAAACCUGACACUUCUUCCAAAAAUCUUCCUUUUCAGCUGGCAUCUAAGAAUGACCUUUGGGAAAUCGUUCUUGACAAGUAAAGAGUGAUUAUGAUUGAUCGAUCUAAUGGAAGCAUGUUCAACAUGGAGGAAUAAGGAUGAAAAGACACUUGAGCAAAUUAAGACUCAUCUCAUCUCAUGCAGGAAGAACAUUUAAGAACCUGAGUAAUACUUCUAAGUGCUUGAUGUUUAGGGAAGUCAGAAAUAAUCUUGAAUAUGAAUACCUCAAACCCUGCCAGUGGGAAUUCAAGCACCAUUGGAGAAGUCUGCGUGGAAGAUGGGUCCAUUAAAAAGAAGAUUCUGCCAGUGCUUUAUUCCCUCAUGUUUAUUGCAAGCAUCUUAAUGAACAGUGCAGCUGCAUGGAUACUCAGCCGUCAGCAGAGUGGUGCAAAUCUUAUAAUUUACUUGAAGAAUAUUGUUGCUGCAGACCUCCUUACUGCUGUCACACUUCCUGUUGAAGUCCUCACUAAUGUCUUCAGUGACAAUGUGCAUCUGGCUGGGAUUCGGUGCCGAUUCUCUGCAGUCAUCUUUUACAGCAGCACUUACAUUGGAAUUCUGUUCUUUGGUGCCAUAAGUCUAGACCGGUACAUUAAAAUUGUAAAGCCGACUAGGGCUCGUUUUGUAAAAAGACGCAGUUUUGCCAUUGUGGCAUCUUUUGCUAUCUGGCUAUCCCAGCUAUUUAUAUCACUGCCCAACACUAUUUUAACUCUCUACUCUCCUUUAGAAAAUAAAACUAUAAGGUGCACCAUGAUGAAAAGUGAACUUGGUAAACAAUGGCAUAGGUACUCUGUCUCCACAUGUAUGAUAAUAUUCUGGAUAGUUUUAGUUCUGCUUGUCAUAAGCUAUUUUUCCAUAUCAAUGAAAAUCUACAAAUCCUAUCAAAAAUUACAACAGAAGAUUCGCAGGGCCCAACUGCGCUUGUACCGCAACAUCUGUUGCAUUGUCUUGGUGUUUUGUAUUUGCUUUGUGCCGUACCACAUCUGCAGAAUUCCGUAUUUGUCAAGCCAGUUUCAGACUAAAUCUAGAAGAUGCAGACAUGGAACCCUAUACCUUGCCAAGGAACUGACUCUGGUAGUGGCAACACUCAACAUUUGCAUGAACCCCCUUAUCCAUUUCUUGCUUUGCAAACCGUUCAGUGUGCAUGAUCUUUGCCCAAAACUUGGCAACAAAAAGUAGAUCACUAAGGUAAAUGAGAAUUUAGGCAGUACACACCUGUCAAGAUACAAGUUUAAAAUUAAACAUGUGACAUAUCUGACUUACUCUUUACUGAGAACUUUGGUGAGAAUAUUUGUAUCCUUAAAGUACAUAUGAAAGGGCAACAGCUUAUUUAUUAGCAGCUGUGUUUGAACAAUUUGCUUAUCAGCAGCAGAAUGCAGAAAGUUCAGAUGCAGCAUACAGUUAGGAAUGUAUAGUUGUUGAUUGGAAC